CUCAAUUGACAGAUGUCAGUAAUUUACUUUUAUUUUCUAACUAUUUGGCCACGAAAUGGUUCACAAAAUAAAAGGUGGAAAAGUCGUUGAAGCUCUUGGUGAUGAAAUGACAAGAAUAAUAUGGGAAAUGAUAAAAGAAAUGUUGAUUUUCCCGUUCAUUGAUUUGGAGUUAAUAACAUUUGACCUGAGCAUAAUGAACCGAGAUGCGACAAAUGAUCAAGUGACGAUUGAUUGCGCCAAAGCUAUCAAACAACAUAACGUUGGUAUUAAAUGUGCUACAAUAACCCCAGAUGAAGCCCGAGUUAAAGAAUUUGGUCUCAAACAAAUAUGGAAAUCUCCGAAUGGAACGAUCAGGAAUUUAUUAGGCGGUACCGUAUUUAGAGAACCUAUCUUAUGCAAAAACAUUCCUAGACUCGUUUCAACUUGGGAAAAUCCCAUUAUAAUCGGUAGGCAUGCUUUUGGCGAUCAGUAUAAAGCCGUUGAUUUUUUGGUUCCAGGACCUGGAAAGUUGUUUAUAAGAUUUGAGCCUAUUCAAGGAAAAGGGGAAAUGAUACAACAUCUAGUUCAUGAAUUUAUGCCCAAUAAUAAUUCGGAUGAUUUUGAAUUAGAUGGAGGUGUAGCUAUGGCCAUGUUCAAUACUAGACAAUCUAUAACCGAGUUUGCCGAAAGUUCAUUGGAAUAUGCUUUACAGAAAAAGAUGCCUCUCUAUCUUAGCACAAAAAAUACUAUACUCAAGAAUUAUGAUGGCUUAUUUAAGGAUAUCUUCGCUCAAGUUUAUCAAAAAAAAUAUGCCGUAAAAUACUCCUUAGCGGGUAUAUGUUAUGAGCACCGGCUUAUUGACGAUAUGGUCGCUUUCGCCCUCAAAUCGCCUGGUGGGUUUGUCUGGGCCUGCAAGAACUAUGACGGAGAUGUACAAUCUGAUUUUCUGGCUCAAGGAUUCGGAUCAUUGGGAAUGAUGACUAGCGUCUUAAUUUGCCCUCCUGACAAAUCUGGCAUAGUAACCAUGGAAACGGAGGCGGCACAUGGAACGGUUACAAGGCAUUAUAGAGCUCAUCAAUCUGGGCAACCAACCUCUACUAAUCCCUUAGCAUGCAUAUUUGCUUGGACUCGAGGCUUGAUGCAUAGAUCUCGUUUAGAUGAAAACAGAAAGUUAUUAGAUUUCUGUUAUACAUUAGAAAAUGUCUGUAUCGAUACUAUUGAAAAUGGUUAUAUGACGAAAGAUUUAGCUAUAUGUAUCAAAGGUGGAGAUAUACAAAAGGUAAAGCCUAGCGAUUACAUGGAAACAACUGCAUUUAUAGAAAAAUUGGCUCAAAAUCUAACUAAAACUCUUUCAUACUUGUAACUAAGCAUAAAUAUUUUUGCAACAUUGUUUAUUAGAUAUACCAAUAAUUUGUGUUGUCAAUUUUUUAUAUUAAUUUAUAAUUGACAAUUAUGAUAAUCAAUUUUUUAUAUUAAUUUAUGACAAUUAUGGUAGUCAAUUUUUUAUAUUAAUUUGUAAUUGACAAUUGUGAUAAUCAAUUUUUUAUAUUAAUUUAUAAUUGAUAAUUGUUAUAUUAUUCAUUUAU